CCGGCAGUUGGACUCCGGAGAGCAGGGAGUGUCGGAAAUGGCGACAAAGCGGCUGGCGCGGCAACUUGGAUUAAUUAGAAGAAAGUCAAUUACACCAGCAAAUGGAAAUCUAGAAAGAAGCAAAUCCAAGCAGUUAUUUGCCUACUUAAUUGUCAUUGAUUUUGAGUCGACAUGCUGGAAUGAUGGGAAGCGCCACCAUAGCCAGGAAAUAAUUGAAUUUCCAGCAGUAUUGCUGAACACAUCAACUGGAGAUAUUGAGUCUGAGUUCCAUGCUUAUGUUCAGCCUCAGGAACAUCCAAUUCUUUCAAAAUUUUGUAUGGAACUGACAGGCAUAAAGCAGGCUCAAGUUGAUGAAGCAGUCCCUCUGAAGAUUUGCUUAUCUCAGUUCUGUAAAUGGAUUCAUAAGAUUCAGCAACAGAAGAACAUUACUUUUGCUACUGGGGUUUCAGAGCCUUCUACUUCUGACGUAAAAAUAUGUGCAUUUGUUACUUGGUCAGACUGGGACUUGGGAGUUUGCCUGGAGUAUGAGUGUAAGAGGAAACAGCUGUUAAAACCUGUAUUCUUAAAUUCUUGGAUUGAUCUCAGAGCAACUUACAAGCUUUUCUAUAGGAGAAAACCAAAAGGACUAAGUGGCGCAUUGCAGGAAGUGGGAAUAGAAUUCUCAGGACGAGAACAUUCUGGGUUGGAUGAUUCUCGGAAUACUGCUCUUCUUGCUUGGAAAAUGAUCAGCGACGGUUGCCUGAUGAAAAUUACAAGGUCCUUGAAAAAGGUUUCCACUGAGAAGAAUCACAACAUUCUGGCCAGAAAUUUGAAUACAUAUCAAGUUGAAGAAACAUCUGCCUACGACAUUGGCAUCCAGUGUCCCAGCAUAUAUGCUAGGAAGCCUGAAAAUACGAUAAAUUUUCAUGAAAAAGUUCAAAUGAAGUCAGUCUAUACAAAUUCUCCUAUAAAGGCACAGCAGGACCAGUUACAAGUAAAGAGCAAUAUGAAAGCAGGUCUUCACAAUGUCAAAAGUUGCUUAUCUCUUUCUAAUGCUAAGUCCUCUACUUCUCUGGGCCAGUUGCAGCCUCCACCUUUCUAUAUGCAGAAACAGAGAAAAAAUGAGGAUCUUGCGUUGAAUACCAAAUCUAAGUCUUCAGCAGUUGGUUCAGAAUUGGUACUUGUUUCUACCACCCUUUCAUCUGUUAAUCAUGUUUCUGAUGUGGAAGUGAGUUCUACGCUUGAUUGUUUACCUAUGUUGGCUGAUUGGGAGGAUGUAGUUUUACUGCCAGCAUCUCAUCUUGAGCAAAAUAAAGAUUGUACAGUUCCCAUUAGUGACUCAGACUUAGAUACGUCAUUUAAUUCUGGAGAAAGAUCAACAGUUUUAAAAGAAUCAGAAAUACUAAGAAGUUAUGAAAACUUUGGAGGCACAGAGAAAACUUUUCAAAAAUCUGAAACCUCUAAGUCUAUUGUGUACAGAAGUCCUCACACUACUAUUUAUAAUGUAAAAGAAGCCAAAGAUCCAGGUUCAGAUGUUUCUACCUUUAAAUUACCUGAACACAAAUCAAGUAUUUUCAAAAGUGUUAAUGGGUCUCAUCCUUUAGUUUUGGGGAAACAUCCUCUUCUUUUAGGUGGCACUGAAAGGAAUCCAUCUAGUCCCCCAGCUUUCCCACCAGCAAAAAAACAGACCUUCACUAUUCAUGAAGAAAAGUCUGCAUUAUCUGAAUGCUCCCCAAUAAGAAGUUCUUCCCGGAAGGUUAUCCCCUCUAUAUUAACUUCGACAGUUAACCUACAAGAGCCUUGGAAGAGUGGCAAAAUGACACCGCCCUUAUGUAAGUGUGGCCGCAGAUCAAAGAGACUUGUUGUUUCUAAUAAUGGACCAAACCAUGGAAAAGUCUUUUAUUGUUGCCCUAUUGGAAAAUACCAAGAAAACAGAAAAUGUUGUGGUUAUUUCAAAUGGGAGCAAACACUUCAAAAGGAAAGAGCCAAUAGCAUAGUUCCAUCUCAUUCCACAGAAAGACUCACUUUUAGUUCUCCAGAAACAAGUCAUAUUCAAGACAGAAAUUUAAAUUUUUUAACUAAAAGUUCUUUGAGACUCAGGCCUUCAAUGAGGAAUUGAUAAACUUUCAUGUAUGAAUCCUAAUUGUUCCCUAAAUUCCAAAACAUGGGUAUUCUGGUAACA